ACGAAAACAUUCAAAAUGAACGUCAAUAAUAAGAAACUUAUGAACAUGUCCUUUUGGUCGUUUGUAAUAUUAUACUGCAUACAAUUUAGAAUAAUUUCAUCGGAGGAUGCCCAUCUACGCAUAAUAGGAGGAACAAAAUGUGAAUCAAAUUACCCAUUCAUGGUAUCUAUAAGAGCGAAUAAUCACCAUUACUGCGGUGGAACACUAAUAGCCCCACAAUGGGUACUCACUGCCGCACAUUGCCUCGUAAUAAAACUAGAAGACGUCGUUAUCGGUAGUAAUUUCCUGAUUCCGAAAAGUACAGACAUAUUCUUUAAAACGUACAUAGUCAAACAGACGGCCCAUCCUGAUUUCGAUCUUGACAGUAUGAUAAACGACAUAGCAAUUUUGAAGUUAGCGGAACCAGUUUCCUUUCUCAAAUUCGUUGAGCUUCCUAAAGGAAAACUGCGUGCGGAUAUAACGACUUUUUGUAAUGAUUCGACGGUUAUGGGAUGGGGGUUGCAGAAGAUAGGAGGUUCACCUGUUAACGAAUUAAGUUGCGUUCACUUAACACCGAUAUCCUUGAAGAAAUGUCAGGUUUUACUUGGAGAAAUUAUAGCAGAGGAAGCGAAACAAAUUUGUACUUUUAGUAGUGGUAAAGACGCUUGUCAAGGAGACUCAGGUGGACCUUUACUGUGUGACGACGUGCAAUAUGGGAUUGUUUCUUGGGGAGUUGGAUGUGCCGAUGAUCACUUUCCUGGAGUUUUUACUAGAGUUGAUGAUUAUGUCGAUUUCAUUGAAUACACUAUGAAUAAUAGUGAAGUACCACGGACCUGCGUCAAAUUUAUCUUUUUAAUGCUUGUAUUUCAUAUAAAAUUCUUUAUAAAAUGAAAAUAUAAGAUACUAUAUACAAUACAAAGUAAA